GCCACAGCUAUGCGCACAUCUUCCCCAUCCUAGCCGAAAUUUCCCGCUCGUAUUCGGGAACGCGCGAAAUCGCGGCGCGAAUUUUAAAAAAGGAAUUCUAUUUUGACAUUCAGAACUUUUUUAGGGGACAAAAAAUUUUGGCGUUGGCGAAAUUUUGGUAAAUUGAGUGUUGGUGUAUUAGUGCGUUUUGCAUAUAUAGCUUUUAAACAUUAUUUUAAUUUAUGUGCGGUGUGCGAACAUGUUCAUGUGAAGUGUGUAUUUAUUUUGUGCUCAUUUACUUUUUGGAUUUUUUUUGCUCCGGAAUUUUUUGGUGCAACAUGGGAAUAGUGAUAACGGACAGCAGGGUGACAAGAUAUUAAAUGUAAUUUCUAGCAUUAACACAGUUUGAUAGAAUAAAGAUGCUGGGGUGUGGUGAAAAGAAAGUAUUGGAGUGCGUGUACAUUAGUUCGGCGAACGACAGCCGUUGUCUGGAUAAGUAGGGAAGGGAAACGAGGAAACAGUGCUAGUCAAUAGCUAGGGAUAGUUACCAAUACGUCAGUGCCACCUCGGAGUGGUAUGCUUUGUAUUGUAUUUGGUAUCGACUGCGCGCUGUCUGGUCGCUACGUAACGUGGCUUCCCAGCGCGCGACUUCAGUGCUGGAUGCUACUAACUGUAUACACGUUACCACAGCUUGCCGUCUCUGCGAAGAUAUUGUGCCUCCUGAUGGUGGUGAUCUGCGGUGCGGUGCCAUCGAUGGUCCGGUCGGUUCGUCUCUACAGCAAGUGCUCACACAUGUAUGUCAACGUUUUACCAAACGGAACUGUCAUGGCCCGCUCCGAUGGAAACGAUCAGCCGAAUCUCACGAUCAGCACACGCGGCUUAAGCCUGGACCUGCUCAUACACUCGCCGGUGCAAGACAUGUACCUGUGCUUCAAUCGGUCGCGGCUGGUCGGCAGGAGGCUGACGAGAUUUCAAGCCGAGAGACAACCGAACUGCCUAUUCAAAGAAGAAUUUGUGGACGGCUACAGCAGAUACCAUCUCGUGAAGAACGAAGACCGGUACAUAGGAUUCAACAGGCGAGGCGCGCAGAUGCGCCGCGGCAAGCGGAACCUUCCAGAAGGGCAGCACAAGUGCUUCUCGCUGCUGAAGGAGGCGCACGACUUCGACAUAAGCAGGCACAACACGGUGCUGGCCGGCUCGCUGCCCAAGUGGCGCCCGCAGCGUAGGCUCCGGCCGCCCGCGCAGAACUCCAUCAAGCCGCCGUGCCACGGCGUGCGCCACCACCACGGCCGGCCGCAGAGGCGACGGAACUGCGAGGGCACGUAGACGUCUCAUCAUUCACGGCUCAUUUACGCUUCAACGCUUCGCGCGUUUCGUUGCCAGCUGUCGAUGGACAUUGUGAGUGGACAGAGUAUUAGUCAACUACCGCAGUAUUAUUACAGUGACGAGGACUGGAUAGUGUUAGGUUAGCGCGCGGCCGCGGCGUCGCAAACGCCGCAUGAAUGGUAGCUGAACGGAGAGACAGAGCAAACAUACGGAUGGGGAGAAAAAAGCCGAGCCGGGCCUGCGUCUGGAGCUGUGAAAUUCCUUAAGGUCGUGUAACAUCGUGGCGUUUGCUCUUCUGCCUGCGCUCUUGUGCUCUAAAAGAAAAAAGGUUUUCUGUACAAAGAGCAAAUAGUAGUCUCACUAGUCACGAGUCUUCCGACAGACCACCGCUGAACUUGUAGCUUACACGCGAGGUAUAUCGGCCGCGUCGUCAUUAGUACGUGUCAAAAUGUAAUUUUCCCUUUCAUGCGCCGAACCGUUUGAUAACGUUGAGUUCUACGAACCUCGGCCGCUCCGGCUGGCUCGCCAUAAUGUACUUACAGCGCCUUUAUGUCAAUUCUCAGUGUAUUAUUAUUUAAAUGCUUUACUCUUUUAAGUAUGAAUCGUGUUAUCCGCUUGUAAAUAUACUAAUAUGUUCACUUAUUUAUCGAAAACCUAAAUGGAAACUUGUAACGUAGGUGUUAGAUGUAAAAUUGUUUUUAAAUGUUUUGUAUUUAAUCCGAUGGCUCUCUUGUGUUUUGUCACAAUCGAACUAAAAUUCUUCUGUAACUACGAACAUCUUCCUUUAUGUUUUCAAUUUAAUUGUAAUGUAUGAAAUGAAUUACGUGUAUGAUUUUGAACGUUUUGUAUAUAUUAUUUUAAGUGUUUGUAUGUGAGUGAUAGGUUUUUGAAUCUCUUUUGACAUAUUCUGCAGAGGGCUCUCGAUAAUUUGAAAAAUAUUCACUGCAUAAUAUAUUCAUUAAAAUGCAACACAAAAUCUAGUACAUUUUUACUGGUUGCAUUAUUCUAUUACAUUACCAAAUAUGUACACAAAAUCAAAAUGGCGAAAU